AGCAGUGCUACCCAAACAUGGUUUUUAUUACAAAACCGUGUCUGCCAUGCCAUUCCACUGUAAGUGCUGCCUGCCCUGAUUUCUGGAUUGGAUAUAACAGAAAAUGUUUCUAUGCAUCAAAAGAAGAAAGAAAUUGGUCUCUCAGUUUAAAGACCUGUUCUUCACUUAAUGCAUCCUUGGCUGUGAUCGAUACACAGAAGGAAUUGGAUUUUUGGGUGGAAAUUUUCAGUCCCUUUCAUUAUUGGUUUGGUCUCUCAAGAAAAAUUAACCAGUUCUGGAAAUGGUUCAACGAUACAGAGUUUAAAAACCAGUUUGCAGUGCGAGGGGAAGGUUUCUGCGCUUACGUAGACGGAAAAGGAGCAAGUAGUACUGUGUGCUCCAUGGAGAAACGUUUUCUCUGCAGCCGGCCAGAAAGUUGUAGCAAGUCUGGAUAAUGCAACCUCGUCAAAAGAAAGGAGAUCCUGGCUUGACCAGAAUUUAUUGGAGAAGCGCGUUUGCAUAUAGUAUCUCCUGUCACACCCAGAUGUGCUAGUUGCUAUCUAAACUUUAGUUGUAAACCUGAGGAUCCAUCUUCAGAUCCUAGUUUAACAAAGUUGUUCUGUUCCUUAUCUCGGUCAGGGACGGUCUAGGCCGUGGAUGACUCAUCCCGAUCAACUCAACAGAGCCAACUCGCCAGAGCACAAUUCAAUGCAAGAUUAACUCAAGACAAGGACAAGUGAAUUGCAACAGGCCUUGUCUUGUUUUAGGUUUGAACCUACUCAAGUGAGAAGUCGUUGAGGCUGGGGUGAGCUGCAUUUCUACUUGUCCCUCUCUUGAGUUAUCCUGCGUUGAAUUGUUCCACAACAAGUUGUGGAUGGUCAAUGGCUGUGGCGAGUUGUCUUAUUUCACCCCCAUAUAUUGUCCCUUCUGGGAAAUUUCACAUUUCCCUGAUACAUU